AGAAAGAGAGAGGAGAGAGAGAGAGAAAAAAAGAGCUAAAAAAGGAAGAUAAGAUAAGAUAUACACGCGUACGUAUACAUAACAGUGAUACGUGCUCUGGAUCGACGCGUGCGAUUCAACCGAGGAAGGAUCGCGCAACGGUGCAUCCGGACACCGGUACCAAUCUUCCGAUUUCCGACGCCUCUCUCAAAUUGACUGAGUCCAGAGGAAUCUCUUCGACCGAAAGAGACUUCUGCGUCGGAUUCUGCGUCUGAAAGAUUCUUCCGUCAUCUGUCACUUCCGAGAAAAAAAUCUAAAGGUGGAAACAUUCGUCGCGCUUCGAAAUUGGCUGUCUCUUGACAACCGUUAUUUGAAAUCGAAUGAGAAAGGACCAAGGGAUAGGAUCAAUUUCCAUAAUUAUCGAAUCUUCCUGAAACUAAUCUUCCCCAAAAAAAAAAAAAAAGAAGAACGUCUCCGUACAACUGAUUUAGCAAGCGCGCAAAGAUCGACACCGGAAGUCUUCCCGGAGAAAAUCAAGUGAUCAACGAGAAGCUAACACAAAGAUAGUCCUCGACGGUCUACCUAGCCGGUGUGACAGCGCCGCGGUUUCUCUCCCUCUGGUCUCGACUUCUGCCAAUCAAUAACCGGCGCAUCGACUCGCUUACGCUUCACUCUCCUUCCCUUUCUCUCUCUCUCUCUCUCCCUCUCUCUCUCUCUCUCUUUCUCUUUCUCUCUCUAUCUACCUCAUCUUUCUUCCUUCUCUCUCGCGCUCUUUCCUUCCGCUCUCCUCUCUCUCUCUCCGUCCAAUUGCAGCUAACAUUUUCUCUCCACUUCCUUUCAUCGUCUUCCCUCUCUUUCCUUCUCCCUCUCUUUCUCUCGCAUUCUUCCGCGCCCGCGCGUGUGAGGUACGCGCGACGGAAUACCACGGGUGCCUGUCAGCGCGAUCAGCAACAUCAGCAACACAGGCAAACGUAGCGGCAGCAUCAACGGCGGACCGCGAUCCGGCGGUAACAGCAACAACGGACAGCUUAAACUGGCCGCGCCAGCGCCUCGCGCGCAUCACCUUCUAACAGGCGCGAGUGCCUAUUUAUAAUUCCCUUUUAAACGUUACGGAGGAGGAAACUGAACGCGUACGGCCACCUACGCUAGCCGCGCGGAAAGGAAGCGUCAAGCGUGAGAGAUCGGCGCUGAUCCCUGGAGAUCGCAAGCGCGGCGCGGCGCGGCCGCGCCUUUAAACCGCGUAUCCGAGAAACGGUAAUGGGUCGAUCGUGCGCAACAUACUCGCCGUCGUUGUCAUCGUUCUAAAUUUCAAGGAUCCAGUUCCGGUUUGUUGGCCGAACGGACGAAUUUCCGGAGUUGAAAUUCCAGGAUCGCGAGUCUUUAUGAAGCGCGACAAAUCCGCUCGAUCGUAUCGCGCCCACCCUUGAGAGCGGACGCCAUCGACAGCACGAAGGACCUCCGGCUUCCUAUUCCUCUCCGCAGCGAGGCUCGCAUCCGCGCACUCUCGCUCUCUCUCUCUCUCUCUCUCUCUCUCUCUCUCUCUCUUCUUCUCUCUCUCUCUCUCUCUCUCUCUCUCUCCCCCAUUCUCUCCUACCUACCGCGACUCCGAGCGACCGACCAGUCGAUCCGCGCGCGCGGCUGCCCCGUCGAGAGAGGAGAGUGGAGGGCGUCGCGAGAGGGUGACGCGGUGGUUGAAGGGUGAUGUAAUAUCGUGGUACACAAGCAAGGAGGACCGACGAGGAGGAAACGACGGACGGAUCAGCAGCAGCAACAGGAAGCGGAAGGAGGCGGGAAAUGGACCAUCGGAUAUCAUGCAUGACGUCGACGUAACCCUCCGCUCGUUAGGACUCGCCGCUGCUCAGUGUCGUCGUCGUGCGACGUCGCCAUCAUCGUCGGCGCAGUAGUGCCUCGCCCGAUCGCGAGGCUCGGGACCCCCGAUCGGGACAACCGGUUGGUCCGCGGUGCGCGUUACCCUAAUGUGUUCGUUCGCGAGUCCGUGACUCCGAGGACUUGGACGACGCUGCUCUGGGCUGCGUAUUGAGAUUCGGCUGAAGGCACUGAUACGCGCUGGGAGCAUGCAGGCUCCGGGCGAGGCCCGGCGAGGCGGUCCCGCGGGAGGACCGGGCUAAAAGGAAACGGAUUCGCAUAUCGGGAAGGACACUCGCGAACGCGGGCACGGUGCGCCCGCGGCCGUGCCCGCACCCGCACCCUCGCACCACGGCGCCGCGCCGGUCACGCGCCAAUUAGGCUGAUCCUAAGGACGCGGGAAGCGAGCUGGACUCGCUUUCAGUCGCAUGGAACAUGAUAGAGAUGUCGAGUGGACUCGGUGCAACUGCAAUGGGGAUUGGCGUUAGCCACGGGACUGGCGGCGAAGGUGUAGCUGGUGGUUGCCGCCUCCGUGCACAGAACCAAGGCCAAGCCUCGGGGUCCACGAUGCAGCACAAUAAUCCGCAGCAAUCGUCUCAGCAGCAACAGCAGUCGCAGCAGCAACAGCAGCAGGCACCCGCGUCGCAGCAGCAAUCCCAGCAACAGCAACGCCAAGCCGGACUCGUGGGUCGAUCGAAGAAGGACAACUGUUGCCUGUGCUGGUGCUGUUGCUGUAGUUGCUCGUGUAGGAAUAAAUGUUUGGCGGCAGUCGGUAGUAACUCGACGGGCACUGGAGCAGGCGAUCAGGGCAAAAAGAAGGGCAACGCCGGCGUCGGCGGCGAGCACGGCGGCGGCAUCGGCGUCAGCGAAAUUGCGGGUGCAGGUGCGGGUAACGGUCUCGACGGACUCGACGGCCUCGACGGCGGCCUGGAGUGCUACAACUUGGAAGAAGUCCGGGUCUGGGGCUCGUCCUUCGACAAGCUGAUGAGGAGCGCCGCCGGCCGCAAGCUCUUCAGAGAGUUCCUCGUGAGCGAGUACAGCGAGGAGAACAUCGCCUUCUGGCUCGCUUGCGAGCAACUCAAGAGGGAGAGCAAUCCCGAGACGAUCGAGGAGAAGGCGCGCUACAUUUACGAGGAUUACAUAUCCAUACUUUCGCCGAAGGAGGUGAGUCUGGAUUCGCGAGUACGAGAGAUCGUGAACCGCAACAUGGUGGAACCUACGCCGCACACUUUCGACGAGGCGCAGCUGCAGAUUUAUACCCUCAUGCACCGGGACUCGUACCCUCGCUUCGUCAACAGCGAGAUUUACCGGAGGAUGGCCAGAUUGAACAGCAGCGGCCCACCUAGCCCGAGCGCCGGGCAGGAGCAAAGCAGCGGCAAAACGAAGGGCAAGCGGGCAGCGACGUAAUCGUGAAUCGACGGUCGUCAAAGACGUCGGGGGCGCGGACCAAGACCUCCACAAAACCAAGCACCAAAUCACGCACCAAAUUAUGCGUCGAUCGGCCGAAUCGUUCCGGGCAGGGUAUUCGCGAUCGGCAACAUCCUCCUCGUCGGAAAAUCGAGGCGAGGAAUCGCCCGAGCGGAGCAAUCACCCAUAGCCGUCGGAGAUGAUCCUCCCUCACGAUCGGGAAACCAUCCUCUCGGAUGGACGACAGGCCGCCUGAUCGCGUCGGAUCGCUCAUUAACGGAAGCCAGAAGUUUGUUCAGUGAUUUGCUCUUCCACGCGAAGGCACAACGGGGCCAUGUAAACGCGCUCGCCAUUGUACGCGAGCUAUUACGACACCGAUGAUUAUGAUGAUUAUGAUGAUGAUGAUAAUGGACUGAACGUACGGCGAGAUCGUGGCCGCGGUCGGUCGCGUAGAUCGCAGGAUCGCGGCGUUCCACUUCCAGGAGUUCGGUGCAGGCGCAUGCAACGCGCGCGGGAUGGUGAACUCGUAGCCGGAGAAACGAAGGUCACACGCGAUCGCACGGGGAUGGCAAACACCGGCGUCGCGAACACUCAUCGAUCCCACCGAAUCCAUCGAUCUUCGAGACCCUCGCGAUCUUUCCUCGUUGUAGUUCAGGAGCUCGACAUUGGAGAUCGACUCGGGCUUGCGCGAGCUCUCUUCCUCUCUUUCGCUCUUCUCUCGGCUAACAAAAAAAAAAAAAAAGCGAGUUUGAUUUGAAUCACGCCGCUCGUAUGUUUUACAUUAACGGUCUCCCGCGCAAUCCGUUGUGAAAAUAGUUAAAACAUUCUCUUUAGUUCUUAGCAAAUGUCAAAGAAAAAUCGAAAGAACUUUCUCAACUAUUCUAUCACGAUGUGAUUCCAAUUGGACUUGCUGUGUGGAAAAAGUUGACCAUCUGAUUCAUGUCCGAGUACAUUCGACAAAGUGCUCGUAAUGUAGCACACGACUGCAGCUAUCUGAUGCAUUUGGCCGCAAUGGCAAUGAUGAUCCCUUAUAUAUUUCUAGUCAAUGCUUCGCGGAAUAACGGAUAUUCAUUCCUCUCUUUCUCUCAAGAUGCAGUCGGUCCCGAACGCACCCCUGUUGAUCGUGUCUCCUGUGAUCCUAAGAUUAACACGCGUACAGCGUAAGGAUUCGUCUCGAGUGUGCGUCGCGUGUCCUUGCGAUGAUAGAUUUAAUCUGCUCAAGAUCGAAUUUGCCGUUUGCUCUCUCUUUCUCUCUCUCUCGUUUCCGCGUUUAUCUUCCACGGCUGGGAGAAAAUCAAUCAAGUCAACGUCGUUAAUACAGCCCGCUGUAACUUCAGGGUAACGUUAUGCGUCGUAGCGUAACGUAAUGUAAUGUAACGUAAUGUAUUUUUUAUCGCGCGUGCACUUUUCUAUAAUCGCCAGUAGUCCGCGGAUUCUCCUCCUCGGGAAGGAUGAGACCGCGAGAAACCGUAUUUAUAUUUAUCCA